AUGAUAGCGUCGUGCCUGUGCUACCUGCUGCUGCCGGCCGCGCGCCUGUGUCGCGCCCUCUCCCGCGCCCUCUCAGAUGCUUUCUUCACCUGUCGAAAAAAUGCCCUCCUGGCGAAGAGCUCGCCCCCCCAGGUAGAGGGUGACUUUGCCAUGGCCCCUCAGGGCCUGGACCAGGAAGAGUGUGAGGGGCUGCUGCAGCAGUGGCGAGAAGACGGGUCGAGCCAGGUGUUCUCGACUGUGAGCGAGGGUCCCCUCAUAGAUAAGGGACUAGCCCAGAGCAGCUUGGCACUCCUGAUGGAUUAUCCUGGAGAACAGGACGCUGCUUCCGAGGACAAGUGGUACAGCAGGCAGCUGAGUGACCUGCAGGCAGCAGAGAACCUAGAGGAGCCUUCCCCCGAGGUCCUGGGAGAGGAGUCACUGCCAGAGGGCGAGGGCCCAACGUGGGCAGCUGUCCCCAUGCAGGCGGGCCCUCAGUAUGCAGACUGCACCAUCCUCCCAAUGGGUGCACUGGCUGCAGAGGAGUGGGAAGAGGACCCCGCAGUGGUCGCCUGGAGCCUAGCACCUGAGCCUAUGCCCCAGGAAGAGGCUCCUAUCUGGUCCUUUGAGGGCCUGGGGCAGCUGCAGCCUCCCCCAGUAGAAAUUCCUUAUCAUGAAAUCCUGUGGCGAGAAUGGGAGGAUUUCUCCACUCAGCUAGAUAUGCAGGGCCUGGAGGCAGGGGAUGGCCCUCAAUUCCAAUUCACUCUGAUGUCCUAUAACAUCCUGGCCCAGGACCUGAUGCAGCAGAGCUCUGAGCUCUAUCUGCAUUGCCACCCGGACAUCCUCAAUUGGAACUAUCGCUUUGCAAAUCUCAUGCAGGAAUUCCAGCACUGGGACCCUGAUAUCCUGUGUCUUCAGGAAGUCCAGGAAGAUCAUUACUGGGAGCAGCUGGAGCCCUCGCUGCGAAUGAUGGGCUUUACCUGUUUCUACAAGAGGAGGACCGGGUGUAAGACGGAUGGCUGUGCUGUCUGCUACAAGCCCACGAGAUUCCGUCUGCUUUGCGCCAGCCCUGUGGAGUACUUCCGGCCUGGCUUGGAACUCCUCAAUCGGGAUAACGUGGGCUUAGUGUUGCUGCUGCAACCAGUAGUCCCAGAAGGCCUGGGGCAAGUGUCGGUGGCCCCAUUAUGUGUGGCUAAUACCCACAUCCUGUACAACCCACGCCGGGGUGAUGUCAAGUUGGCCCAGAUGGCCAUUCUCUUGGCUGAAGUGGACAAAGUGGCUAGGUUGUCAGAUGGCAGCCACUGCCCCAUCAUCCUGUGUGGGGACCUGAAUUCUGUCCCUGAUUCACCUCUCUACAACUUCAUCAGGGACGGAGAGCUCCAGUACGAUGGGAUGCCAGCCUGGAAGGUGUCUGGACAGGAAGACUUCUCCCAUCAGCUUUACCAGAGGAAGCUGCAGGCCCCACUGUGGCCCAGUGCCCUGGGCAUCACUGAUGGCUGUCAGUAUGUCACCUCCCGUCAUCCCAAGAGAUCAGAGAGACGUAAAUAUAGCCGAGACUUCCUGCUACGUUUCCGCUUCUGCAGUAUUGCCUGUCAGCGACCAGUAGGACUGGUUCUUAUGGAAGGAGUGACAGAUACUAAGCCAGAGCGACCUGCUGGCUGGGCCGAGUCCGUUCUGGAGGAAGACACGCCUGAGCCUGAGCCUGAGCCCAUCUCCCCCAGGACUAUAGGCACCAUCCAGCACUGCCUCCACCUGACCUCGGUAUAUACUCACUUCCUGCCCCAGCAUUGCCGCCCAGAGGUUACCACAAUGCCCUUGGGUAUUGGAACCACGGUGGAUUACAUCUUCUUCUCAGCUGAGUCCUGCGAGAACGGGAACAGGACUGGUCACAGGCUAUAUCAAGAUGGAACUCUCAAGCUCCUGGGCCGCCUCUCCCUCCUCUCUGAAGAGAUUCUCUGGGCUGCCAAUGGCUUACCCAACCCCUUCUGCUCUUCAGACCACCUCUGCCUGCUGGCCAGCUUCGGGAUGGAAGUGACCGCCCCAUGA